GCAUUUAAACUGUGCUGGGAGGCAUCAAACUCUUCCCUCGCGGGCCUAAAAGCAACGCGAGCUCCCGAGACAAGACAAAGUUUCCAUCACUCGCUCUGCUGAGCUGUGAGCCGCUCCGUUCAGCAAGGCUUCUCUGGGCUAAAAUUAGACCAAAAUCCGCCAUCACCCACCCUUUGGUGGCUGCACCAGUGGCAGUCUGGGCUCUGGGUUUGCUGUCUCAGCAGGACAGCAGCUCUGGCUGGGGGCUGUACCUGCCUGCUGACAGCUUGCCACUGCCUGCUAACUGCCUUCCACGCGUGGUUUGGAGGAUGCUUACAGCAGCUGCCGCUUUGCUUCCUGUCCCUCUGCCAUCCGAGCUCGAUAUCUUUGUAUGGGCAAGCCUCAGAGCUGCACGCUAUCCCAGCUCAGUUCCUAACACCGAGCCCUGUUCCAGACCCGUUGUGUUGCAAGAGGACCGCCUUCAGCAGCUCCCCGGGAACAUCAGCCCACAGACUCCAAGCUCAGGAUUAAACCGACUGAGGAGGGGACAGAACCAUGUUCCAGGCCUCGGAAGCCGCCAGCACAACCCCGUCCCACGAGGCGAAGAGCAACUCAGGAGGCAGCACAGUGCAGCGCUCCAAGUCCUUCAGCCUGAAGGCCCAAGUGAAGGAGAUGUGCACCGCCUGCCAGAAAACCGUCUAUCCCAUGGAGCGGCUGGUGGCGGAUAAAUUCGUCUUCCACAACUCUUGCUUCUGCUGCAAGCACUGCCACGCCAAGCUCAGCCUGGGCAGCUACGCGGCUCUCCACGGGGAGUUCUACUGCAAGCCGCACUUCCAGCAGCUCUUCAAGAGUAAAGGCAACUACGACGAGGGCUUUGGGCGCAAGCAGCACAAGGAGCUGUGGGUGCACAAGGAAGUGGAGAGCGGGACCAAGUCGGCAUGAGCAGGGCACGGCCCACCCUUCCCUGGAGCCCAGCAGAGACAGCACGGAGCAGUGCUGAGCCAGUGCUGACUGAGCUGAUGUAAAGCAAAGGGGACCCAAGCAGUAGGGAACGGGAGGCAGCUCAGCUUUCCUUAGGGCCUCCGAGGGUGUCUAGAGGGGUCCUACAGACUGUAAAAAUGGGGCAGAUGGGGGUGCAGCCCCCACAGCCCGAGCCCUCUCUGACAAGAUCAGACCAGAAGCACUUGUCCCCUGUGAAAUCCCAGCCCUGUGCACAGUUCCAGUCCUGCUGCCAUGGAAAAGGAGAUCUGAGGGCUCUGAGAGCCCCAGCCGAGCCUGUAAGUCAGAGCAGAGCUCCCAGUACCAAUCCUGCCUUAGUGGGGCUCUGAAUAAGGAGGGUCUUUGGUUUACAUCAGCUCAGUUCAGUUGGGAUUGUUCAGCCUUAAGGAUGUUGCCCUGCGACUGUUUAACAGUGUCUGUCUUUUUUAUAUUUGCCUUCCAUUGGUACGUUCUGCGCUGGAGCCGCGUGCAGCUCCACGCGUGACACCUCUUUUAUUUUUGUAAUACAAGGUUUCCAAGCCUUC